GAGAUAAAUACCGUGUAAGUUGUUUGGUUUCAGAGUUUUGGUUCCGGUUUGGUUUUGUUUUGGGAAAGAUGUAGAACAACUUAUUCACCUAAUUUCUGUUACCACCAUCACUUUGGCGGUUAAUUCAGGUGGAAAAAUUUAGAGGGAGAUCUGAUCACCCAUCAGAAACAACAUCUUCAUCAUCAUCAUGGCCGUUGAAUUUCAAGAAACAAUGCAAAAGUACUGUUUGGCACCUGGGAGAUGCCUUCAAAAUAAGGUAUAUCCUUACAACUUGCAAUAUAGUGGGAGUUAUGUGGAAGGGUUGUCAGAGCCUAAAGAUGGAAUAAACAGCAAUUCAGGAGGUGGUUUCAUGCAGCCUGACAGCUCAUUCAGCAGUAUGUCUUUUACUGUCCCCAAUGGUAGUUAUUAUAGACCAGUGAACCAACAAGAGUACUAUGCUUGGUCAGCUUUUCAUCAUGACAUACAAAAGGCACAACAGAACCACUUUCAUUCAGUUGAAGGCCAUUUCUAUCCCAUGAAUAGUGAGUAUUAUUUUCAUAUGGAUAAUCGAUUUCAAUAUGUGCCCUUCCGAGCAUCAUCCAAGAGUCACCCAUCAGAUUUUCAAUUCCAAGAGUUUCAAUAUUUCGUUGUCAUAGACUUUGAGGCAACCUGUGAUAAAGAGAGGAAUCUCCAUCCACAGGAGAUUAUUGAGUUCCCAUCUGUAAUAGUGAACAGUGCAACUGGCCAACUUGAAGAUUAUUUUCAAAUAUAUGUGCGGCCUACAUACAAUCAGCACCUGAGUGAUUUCUGCAAGGAGCUCACUGGUAUUCAGCAGACCCAGGUGGAUAAAGGUGUUCUUCUAAGCGAAGCAUUACUUCUUCAUGAUCAAUGGCUUGAAGAAAAGGGGAUCAAACAAACCAACUUUGCCGUUGUAACAUGGUCGAACUGGGAUUGUCGAGUAAUGCUGGAAUCUGAGUGCCGAUUUAAGAGGAUCCGGAAACCACCAUACUUCAACAGAUGGAUCAACUUGAAGGUUCCAUUCCAUGAGGUAUUUGGUGGGGUGAAAUGCAACCUUAAAGAAGCUGUUGAGCUUGCUGGCCUGGUGUGGGAAGGCCGUGCUCACUGUGGGUUAGACGAUGCUAAGAACACUGCCUGUCUGCUUGCCCAUCUCAUGCAUCGUGGAUUUCGGUUUACCAUAACAAACUCACUGGUGUGGCAGUCUGUAGAACAUCCAUUAACAAUGCAGCCGUUUCUGGAUCGCCAACCUAGCUCCACCCAGCAACCCUACAGGACAAAGCACCAUCAUUCCUUGCCCUUCGUCCAAAUCCCUCCUGUACAAGCUGACCCAAACAAAGAUCACUGCAUAUACUGCUUCUGUGGAGUUAAAACUAGUAGGCGAAUGAUCCGAAAACCUGGACCAAAACAUGGCAGUUUCUUCUUCGGGUGUGGUAACUGGACUGCCACCAGAGGCGCCCUUUGCCCGUAUUUCGAAUGGGCUACCCCCUGAAUCAUGCAAAAGGAUCUCCAUCCUCUUUACUUGCUCAGAAGUAUCAAAUACCAUUAUCAGAAUGAAAAAGAAAAAGAAACAUAAAAAAGAGAGAGAGAUGUCUGUUCUGAGAACAACUUAGCCAUGGCUGCUACUGCUGCGUCUUCUUUGAGUAAAUUGUAAAUUGCAUGGCCAAGGUGUCGACUCUGUUCACUUCUGCCUCUUAAGAAGUCCAGCAGGGAAAUGUGGGGAAACUCUUCUAAACCCACCUGUAAAGAUGACUUCUUGUUUAUAUUUAAGAGUGAAACAAUGAGAUAGGAAAAGGCUUUACAUAGGAAAGAAUGCUUUUACCAUGACCUAACAUGGCUUCCAACUGUUCUAAAUAAUCUUAUCAGAUAGAUAAAACAAUUUCCUUUAUCAUUGGGAAUGAGCUGUCUAUCUUCUUAAUUUCUUCGAUAAUAUCAUUGAUUUAUUAAGCUCUAA